UAGCGGGGCGGUCGGACGCCGGGAGGGGCCGACUGGAUCUCGGUCCCCCGCCCCCGGAUGUAGGGCGUUGACGGCCAGAGAGCGCUGCGGGUCUCAGAGGGUCCCGCUGCUGCCGGAUCCGGGCAGGUCCCUGCAGCUCUCGCCGCCCCCGGCCCUCACCGACCGCCAUGGCCCAGCCGCCGCCCGAUGUCAGUGAGGACGAGUGUCUCCCUGAGUACCGCCAUCUCUUCUGCCCCGACCUGCUCCGGGACAAAGUGGCCUUCAUCCCAGGUGGUGGCUCUGGGAUCGGGUUCCGGAUUGCUGAGAUUUUUAUGCGGCACGGCUGCCACACAGUCAUCGCCAGCAGAAGCCUUCCAAGAGUGUCAAAGGCUGCCAGAAAGCUGACUGCCGCCACUGCCCGGCGGUGCCUCCCUUUAUCUCUGGAUGUUCGGGCCCUCCCAGCUGUCGCAGCUGCCGUGGACCAGGCACUGAAGGAGUUUGGGAAAAUCGACAUUCUUGUUAACUGUGCAGCUGGAAACUUCCUGUGCCCUGCCAGCGCAUUGUCCUUCAAUGCUUUUAAGACCGUGAUGGACAUCGACACCUUGGGCACCUUCAACACAUCUCGUGUGCUUUAUGAAAAGUUCUUCAGGGACCAUGGAGGGGUGAUCGUGAACAUCACUGCGACCCUGGGUACCCGGGGGCAGGUGCUUCAAGUGCAUGCAGGCUCUGCCAAAGCAGCUGUGGAUGCAAUGACACGGCACUUGGCUGUGGAGUGGGGUCCCCAGAACAUCCGUGUCAACAGCCUCGCCCCUGGCCCCAUCAGUGGCACAGAAGGGUUCCGGCGGCUGGGUGGCCCCCAGGCCAGGGCUGGCACUAAGACUCUGGCCAUCCCCCUCCAGAGGCUGGGCAACAAGACAGAGGUCGCCCACAGCGCACUGUACCUGGCCAGCUCUUUGGCGUCCUACGUGACAGGGGCCGUGCUGGUGGUUGACGGCGGGGCAUGGCUGACAUUCCCCAAUGACAUCAAGUUGCUGGAUGAUUUCACAUCCUUCUCUGCGAAGCUCUAGGCUGACAUGUCUCAGUGCCCAUGGGAUAUAGGCAGCGGGAGGGUGUGGGUCCCAGGCUGGCCCCCCAGUCACUGGGAUGAGGAACACUCAUCUUGGGGAGCUCUAGGAGAUUGCGGAAGGGGCUGAUGGUGCCCAGCCCCUGGAGAUGCACAAGGCCCGGCUGCCUGCUGCCCUCUAUGGGCACUGAUGUGGACCUGCAGCAUUCUUCCUACCCUAGAUUGGCCACUCAGGGCUGCUGCCCAGGAGAUGUACAGGAGGCAGAAGCUGGUGCCCCUCAGCCUUCCCCUGUGACCUUGGCAUCUGCUGGAGUUUCUGACAGGCACAGGAUGGCUGAAGCAAAGGAGCCGUUCUGAAGGGAAGCUGGUCCACAGUCCCCCUGGGACUCCUCCUGCAGUGCUCCUCCCACCACCAAACUGGACAGUCUCUGCAGCAUCUAAAUCAGAGACUGGCCCCUCCUCUGGGAAUUGUGCUGUGUCCACAUUCCCUCCCCAUGGCCCCAUCUCCCGUGCUCAGGUGGGAGUGACCUGGCAGUGAGGCCAUCUGCUCACCUGGAUGUCUGCCAGGGGGAGUGUGACAUUCUGGAGCUCCCUUGGGAGUUGACCUGAGGUCUGUGGCUGUCCCCCCUGUCUGCCCUGCCUUGCCCCGGCCUGGGAGGCCUUUGUCCUCCUGCCUGUGUCCCCUGGGUGCCCUGAGGUGGCUCCACUGCUUGGCUGCAGAAACCGGGGCAUCUCAGGCUCCCUGUCUUCCCUUCCUGGCUCUUCCACUUGGGGAUCUUACUCCACAAGGGGAAGCCAGACCAGGGAGGCUAGAGAAGCAGGUUUGAUCCCUCCCAGCCCAGGCAUGGGGUCCUGGAUCUCCUCGCCAGGGUGUUGGGCUACAGAUGGGAUCCCCUGGCCGGGGGACACCCAUCCCUCUCAGCCGUUGGUGACAUGGACCGGUUGUCCCCCACCUGCCCUGGAAUCUGUCCUUUGCUGGGACAUCCCCGUGGACUUAGUCCUGCGCCAUUCCGGGCCCAACUUUCUAGGUCCUCCACCUGGCACACAGCCCCCUCCUCCCUGUCUGUACCACCAGUUGACAUAAGCAUAGGUCGUAGCAUUUUGCCAAUAAAUGCAUUUCCCUAAAAGUA